ACUUCCCGAUGUAACGUUGUCCCAAGUCUAGCCCUACCCAGGAGGACUCCGUGCAUACAUAAUCUAGUAUCUCUCACAUUCAUCCGAAUUAUCACCCCAGCACCAUGUCCAGUUCCGACUCUGAAUCCUCCCCCGCCAGCUUCCAUCUGGCCGACGGGCUGGGAUAUGCCCUCCAACAAAGUCACCGGUCGGUGAUCCGCCUCAACCUGCAGCACUUUCUCUGGCGCCAAGAAUUUGGUUACAGCAUCCAUCCCUCCAUCCCCACCACGCCGGCACCUCGAAAGAUAGUCGAUGUAGCCUGCGGGACGGCCCUCUGGCUGAUCGAUGUGGCCCACGAAUUACCCCCCACCACCCAGUUGGACGGGCUGGAUAUUGACCUCACGCAAGCGCCGCACCCGGCGUGGCUGCCCGCCAAUGUGCACCUCGACCAUUGGGACCUUUUCACUCCGGUGCCCCCGCCCCGGCAGGAGCAAUAUGAUCUGGUCCAUGUGCGACUCUUGGUACUCGUGCUAUCCGGUCUCGAUCCCAUGCCGGUGAUCCGACGGCUCUUCCAGUUGGUCACCCCGGGAGGCUACCUGCAGUGGGAUGAAUUGGACUGCGUCAAUCUGUGCCUCAAGAAGGUGGACCCGGGCAUUGCGGCCCCAGCAUUGGAGGAAAUUCGCGUGGGCUCGCAUGCCGACGGUCGUCAUGAUUGGGCCUUGGAUUUACCGCGGCUGUUGGCCGAAGCGGGCUUUGAGGAGGUCACCAUGCAUCACUACGCGGAACCCCCGGAGAUGGUUCGCGCCUUUAAUGACCUGCAUUUGUUGACCAUGGAGGAAUUCGCCACCCGAUUGGCGGGACAAGGCCAACACAAGGCUGCCGCUCGAUUUACCCAGCUCAUUCAGGCGGGCUAUCAGGAGUCGGUGAACGGGGCCGCCAUCUCAUUUCCGCGGGUGGUGGUGGUGGCUAAGCGACCGGCGUGACGGACUCCGACGGACCAGGUUUAUGUAGACUCUAUCUAUAGGUAGAUACUCCGGAGCUAGUGCAGACUGUUGGAUGGGUCUUGGUCAUGAGAUGCGCUAAAGAUUAGUGCUGAUGGGAGAGAUGGUCCGUAUAGGGCUAGGACAAGGCUGUCCAAUGGCCACCACUGAUAUUCCCCACCCUCCCUCAUCGACCCAUGCAUUA